GGACGGUCACAACCAUUCAUUCAUUCAACUUAAUAAUAAAAAUUUCCGAAUACCAUCGAUUUUCAACUCUAAGCAGACCCAUCCAGAAAUUCGGGAUCCUCCUCAUUCCUUCGAUUUCCCCUCAUCAGAUCCGAUUCCCAAAAAAAAAACAAAAAAAAACGUCAUGCUCCGGACGGAAAAUAAAAGGACCCCUCACAAAGUGGUCAUCCGCCCCUCUGCAGCGAUGAUCACGGGAGGCAAUCGGCGUGAUCAACAUCGCGAGAGGUCAAUGAGUCCACCACCCACUUCACGAAGAAGAAACUAUGGCGAAAUCAACUUAGAGACGAACUCCCUAUUCUUUCAAUUCCCACUUGAACUACGCCUAGAGGUAUACCAAUACCUAUUACGUUCUCCGGACCCCGUCAUGAUAUCUGCGCUUCGUCGACAGGUUUAUGUGCGACGUCCAGAUUCACCAACGACCAACGGCUCAAGACCUCGACUCAUUCCUCUUCCACAUCGCCUACCCCACGUCCAAUUUCUACGAACAUGCAAACGGGUAAAUAAGGAGGCCACGCCAAUCUUAUAUGGCGAAAACAAAUUCUUCGUGGCCUGCGAUGGAGUCAACCAAAAGAGCCUCAAAAACUCAUUCUUAUGGCACCUACGACAAUCAACCCUUUCCAGCAUAACCUCUAUAACCUUCCUCCAAGGAUGCCAAUGCAAAGGUUGGGUUACAGCUUGUCGCGUUACUACACGAUAUUUAAUGGAUACCAAACAAUGGACAACGACCGGCCCUCAACUAGCUCGCCUCUGCUUCCUUCACUACAGCCAACCGCACUGGCUCCCAUUAGCGAAAAAUGUCCAGGAAACCCACGAACACAUCCGCGAGAAGGUGAUUUCGAAUGACCCAACAGCCUAUUUCUCUAGCUACUCCUGUCCCUAUUGUCAAGACAGGUACGGUCAACCAUCUAGCCAACCCCCAGCCGAUUUGCCACCGCUCGUCUUCUCGUAGCUUCAUGUGCUUGCUCGCUUUAUGAUCGGAUAUCAGUGAUAUUGUUAUUUUUUUUUGGCGUUGAAAAGGUUAGGUAUGGAAAAUCCACGGGGUACGGAGUUUUAAAAAGUGUACUGGGCGCAGCUGCCCACUCAAUUACCAUCUCUCAAGGUAAUUCAAGGACAUGGUGUUAAAAUCCUAAUAAAUGAUAAUCAUACAAAGCUACGGGUAGAGCAGAGCCUUCUUGGUGAAGACGAAGUUGCUGAGUAAUAUAAUGUUUAAUCCCAAACAAACCUACUUGCUCACACUCCCUGUAGAGAUCAAAUGGGAUAUUUAUACAAUCACUUAUCGGCUUUGGGCAAACUAUACGAUAAGGCAGAACACGGCUACUACACGAAAAU